CUUCGUUGACUUUGUUUCAUUGCAGAAAAUCCAAUGAAAAGAGAAUCUUCCCAAGUACCGCCAACCUGUAAGUCAACCAAUUUACAUUCAUUGCGGCUUUAUUAUGUUUGCACUUGUAACUAGAUGCUUGUCCCCAGAACUUGGCAUUCUAAAUCGGUACUUUUGAAUAUUAAAUUUGCUUACGGUUAUUAAUAUUAAUAUAAUACUUGUCUCCUACAGUACGAUUCGUUUAUAAGCUUCGUGAAAUCUAACUCUUUUUAUAAACAGCUUUCAUUUUUUCAUCAUGCCUGCAUCCCAAACUUCAGUACAACUACCUGUUUUUGAUAUAUCAAAAUCUAUAACCCCAUCCUCCAUCUCCUCCCUCUCUUUAGCCUGCAAAGAAUGGGGUUUCUUUCACAUAAUCAACCAUGGAAUCUCCAAAGAUCUUUACGCCAAACUCCGGUUUCUUUCAUAUCAACUUUUUAGCCUUCCUUAUGAACUCAAACUCAAAGCUGGGCCCACAUCAAACACGAAAACGUACACUCCUCAUUUCAUUGCCUCCCCUUUCUUUGAAUCUCUUCUUGUUUCUGGACCCGAUUUCCAUGCCUCUGCACAGAGCUCCGUUGAAGCCCUUUUGAACCAGCCGAAUUCAGAAUUCUGUGAGGCGUUAAGAGAAUAUGGGGGUAAAAUGAGGAGCUUAUCCAAGAAAAUCACGGAGAUAUUGUUGAUGUGUUUGGGGGAAGAUUUUGAGAGGGAAUUCGAAUCUGAAUUCUCUAAAUGUGAAGGGUAUGUAAGGAUAAAUAACUACUCCCCACCCGAAAGUAGGAUGAUGGGAAACGACGUUGAAGGGCUCGGGAUGCACACGGAUAUGAGCUGCUUGACGAUCGUUUAUCAGGAUGACAUUGGGGGGCUUCAGGUGAGAUCAAAAGACGGGAAAUGGUUGGACAUCGACCCAUGUGAAGAAACACUUGUUGUGAAUAUUGGAGACUUGUUGCAUGCUUGGAGCAACGGGAAGUUAAGAUCUUCCGAGCAUCGAGUCAUCUUAAAGGAAUCCUCCACAAACCGGUUUUCGCUAGCUUUCUUCUGGUGCUUCGAGGGCAAUAAGGUAAUUUUCGCACCUGAUGAAGUUGUGGGUGAUGGAUUGAGAUCCUAUAAACCCUUUUUGUGUUGUGAUUAUUUGAGGUUUAGAGAGAACAGUGAGAGAGGGAAGUUUGAGAAGGUUGGAUUCACUGUCAAAGAUUUUGCAGGCAUUGGAGGAUGA